AUGGCCGCGGCAGAUUUGAGCCUAGCUCUCGCUUUUCUCGUCCUUGCAGGAGCUCUUCUGCCGGCUGAGGCGGACAUUGGCGUGAAUUGGGGGAUGCUCUCCACCCACCGGCUGUCACCUUCCAUUGUUAUAGAUCUCAUGAAGGAAAAUAGGAUUGGAAAAGUUAAGCUCUUCGAUACUGACCCUGCGGUCCUUAGGGCGCUGAUGGGGAGCAACAUCGAAGUAAUGGUAGGGAUCCCGAACGAAAUGCUAGCACUUCUUAGCUCCUCUCCUGCUGCUGCGGACGUUUGGGUUAGUCAGAAUGUAUCGAGAUACGUGGUUAAAGGCGGAGUGAACCUGAGAGGUAGUGGUGAAUCCAUUAGCAGGAGAGAUUUGCUUAUUUUUUGGGCUGGGCAACUUGGAGAAUUAGUAGGCUCUGUGACUCCACUCAAAAACUUGGAUUUUCUUAUAAUUAAUAUGCUUCCUUAUGAAAUUGUAGUAGAUUUCGACGUGCUUGGUGUGAGCAUGGAAGUUAGAAUUAUUGGCAAGGCCAUUGUUGAUAUGUUGUCACAAUAG